GAAGUAUAUUGCCCUGGACAGUCAAAACAAAAUGGCGGUCGAUUUUAUUCAGAAAAUUUCUGAUUAUUGUGGAUUUUAACAAAAAUAAAGCUCAUAGAUCAAUGAUGUUCAGCUCGCAUGAUAAAACUAAGAAAGAUGCCUUUGUCAACCGCAGUAAGGCUGCAAGAGAUCAGAGAAAUUUGGGAAAACAGCAAGAGAAAGCGGCUGUCAAAAUACAGGUAUCAGAAAAUUCGAGGUUGUUUUGUUUCAAUUUUUUCAAAUAUAAACACUUACAUUAUGUCCCCAGAGUGGCAGAAAUCGUGAGAUUUUGUGAAAAACCGUGUGAUUUUAGAAAUUUCUUCGGUUUUCUUAAUAUUAUUUUUGGAUUUAAUUUUAAUAAUGCAUAAAAAAGUCAGUAAUUCUUUAUUUAGCGUGCAAUUUGAAAAAUUUAAGUAUGUUGAAGUGUCACUACACUCUAAAUUAUAUAUACUCAUAGUAUAUUCAUACAAUCAUACUAUUUCCAUAAUAUAUAUCCCAGUUUGGAAAUUGCACGUCCGAGAUUACGAAAGUUUAAUAGUAAAGACAUUGGAGACAUCAAAACUGAACACCCGAGAUCUCAGCUGCCAAACUUUUCAGACUGGAAUAUACCGAUGGUAUGAAAAUGGCAUUGGUAUGAAAAUUGGAUUUCCAUACUAUCUUCAAUGAAGAUCCAUACUCUUUCCCAAGGGCAGAUUUUCAUUUUUUUGAAAGGAGGGGUGGGAAAAUUUCUAGUGGGGUGCAAGCGGCACCACUGAACGAGCUUUGACAGGGGUUAGCCGUCAGGGUUAAAGACUUUCACACAAAAUAGGAGGGGUGAAGCGGAAUUUUAGUGGGGUUGAACACUUUAUAAGAGGGGUUAGCGAGAUUCUAGGGGGGUGGGAGGGAGUUUAACCCCCCUAACCCCCCAGUAAAUCUGCCCAUGCUAUUUCCAUAGUAAGGAUUUGGAAAAAAAUCCCAUUGCUAUGUGUAAAAUGUCUUUUCUUUCUUUAGGCCAUAGUGAGAUCGUAUUUGGUGAUAGUGAAACUGAGAAAUCAAAUUCGGUUAGUCUUUGCACUUGCUGCAUGGUCUCACCCCCUGAUUAGAACCACCCACCACAGACCACCAAUUGAUGUCCCAGGGGUGGUGAGACAGGUGGGGUUAGUCCCUCAAUCACUAGAAAAUGCUCAUUAUACCUAACCUGUAAAAUAAGUUAAGGAAUUCUCACACAUUUUUACAGCUUAUAAACCACUAACAAAUUAUAGCUACAAAUUUUACAGUAUUGCCUUUGGCGUCAAUCUAAACAUCUUUAUUUGACAUUCUUUACAUCUUUUUAAAUUUUUACAUAUUUUAGUAAUGAAACCGACAAUGUUCUUAAGUCUUCUGCAAGACUAACAGGUAUUUAACUCAUUAAAGCUGUAAUGCACCCAAAGGGGGGCCCACCGAAAAUUAAUUAAAUAACCAAAGGGGGGAAAUUUUAAAAAAUUCAAAAAAUGCCCCAAACCACUCCAAACUUUCUGAAAAUUGUUGAAAAGCAUUUCUCUCAUCAAAACAGUUAGUUUUGACUGAUAAAAACAUGUUUUAAAAAGUUUUGGUAAAAUGCAAAGGGGAGACAACAGGCAUCCCUAGGUCAUCAAAGGGGGGUCCGGGACCACAGGAAAUUUUUUAAAAAUUCAAAAAGCACCCCCAAACUACUCCAAACUUUCUUUAAAAACGGGGCCCAUGCACUGAUGUGCCCUACUUUACUAUUUUAUUCUGUCUAAGGGAGAGUCUUGCACUUUAAUGGCCUGGGGCCGAUUGUUUGAAAGCUGAUUAGCCUAACCCUAGGUUAACUUAAAAUUCAAAGCAAACUUCCUGACAGCUUGUCUAUAAAUUUGGAAAUGUUUUUUCACAAAUCUUAUCUGGAUCAAUAGGAGUUCACUUUUCUGAUGUUUUGAAAUAAACAGACAUGCAGAAAUACUCAAACUAAUAGCCAAUUCCAGCUUUUUAAUUAUGCGUGCAGGGGAUGACAGGAAGUGAGGUAUCAAUAUCAUAUUGCUGAUUAUGCUGAAAAAUUUCGAUAAAAACUGCCAAGACAACCGAAAUAUUUCAAUAUUUACAAGUAUAAGCCAAUGGUAUAAGCUGUCACUCCAUGUUUACAUGAUCGCCAUUUUUAUUUUUUCAGCAUAAUCAGCAAUAUGAUACCUUUCUUCCCAUCAUCCCCUGCACGCAUAAACUAAAAGGUGGAAUUGCCUAAGUGUAUAGAUUGGGUUGAAUUUUAACCGAGGGUUAAUCCACCUUUGAACAACUGGUCCCAGAUUAAUGUUAUGUUGUUGUUUUGCAAAUGCCACUGUUUUGAUUUUUGGCAUGCAUUGUUUUACAGGGGUUGGUCUCUUUCAAGCCAUAAGAAGAUUCUUAUUUAUUUUCCAAGAAGAUAAGGACAAGGAGGUAUUCAGUUGUUUCUGCUGAGGCCAAAUAAAAAUAAUAGUUGGUUUCAGGUUUCUGACCGACCUGUCAAAAAUAUGACCGACCUGUCAAAAAUAUGACCGACCAUAAACAUUUUAUUGACAUUUCCCAGUAGAGAUCAUCUUUUCGUAAAUAGCAGAAUAUAUAAAUAGUCAUAAGACUAAUUUUCUACAAUUUUUCUCUUGAAAUGUAACAUGCAUAUUAUGUGGAACAAUGUGUGAAAUUUCUGUAAGGAAUUCCUAGUAUACAAAUAAACCAGGGUAUUUUUUCAUGUUAUGGAAAGUACUGUUGAUUCGUCUGGUUCUUUUUACUGAUUGCUUGUUUUUUAAUAGAGAUUUCAUUUGAUAUGUAAAACAUGUCUGGAAAGCAUGGAAGACAAAAAUGCAAAGGUUAGAUUUGAACGAGGUCUUUUUAUCAACCAAAUAGUUUGCCAGCACAUACUGUCUGCACACUUGUCAUGAUCCCUUAUGUAUGUCUACUUUUUUGUUUGCUUCAUAUAGAUAUGGUAUAUUUAUCCCGCAUUAACGAAAGAUUGGGCCUUACUAUGGAUAACACAGUUGAAAAUACUUCUCGUCAUUUGUUGCCGCUAUCUCAAAAAACUGAAGGUAUAAUUAUUGAGAAAUCACAUUUUAGAAAUGAAAACGCUUGAAAGACUAGGAAAAGAUAUGAUUAAGUAACUACAAGCAGCUGUAAUUUCAACGAUUUUGCUUGCAAUAUGCAUAAGAAAUGUGCUUAGCACAUCUGUCUUUGUGUCACAGAUUUAUUAAUUAAAAUAUGGCUUAAAUUUACAGGAAAGGAAUUGUCUAGUACAAACUUCCCACAAAACUUCUGCAAAACAAAAGUUUUCCGCCAUCUUUUUUCUCAACCGUGGUCUGUAGUGUAAUGGUCUAUGGUCAAGUAGCCAAUCAGAAUACUGGAUUUUGUAAUAGACCAUGCUCACCAUGGUUUAGUGUGUAUUAAUAAGGAAUCACCCUCACUGUCUGAUCGGUAUAAAAGUUCAUAUAGAGCUAUCCAGUGUACACAAAAUUCAUUUUGUUUACUGUGCAUGUAUUCCACUUUUUACAGCCAGCGUCUGGAAGUGACAGCAAACUCAUCAGUAUAUAUUUAGGCAUGGUAAGUAUUCAGGAGCGUCGUUUGAUACUGUAGUAGCGGUCUCAACGCAACAACCAAAAUGGCUGGAAAUGCCAUUUCCCUUGCCCAAGGGUCUAAAUUUCAAAAUCUUUGCAGGGAAACGCGCUCCGUAGAUGUGUGCUACUGUAUAUAUUGGUGGGUUUCACUUGGCGGCACAAAAUUUUAAAAUUAACACAAUGCUGAAUGUUUGUUUUUGGUAUAUCGUCACCCUUCGAAAAUAAUGCUGAUUCAGCAAAAAUAAAAUCUCUGUAACUCGAGAAGAAAUACGUGAAUCGACUCAAAUUUCAUAAAACUUCUUUCAAAAACCUAUUACUUUAAAUUCUAUUGGGAACCCUGGGUCGAGACCUGAGUACCCUUUAGCCUUGAAAUAUCUUGGAAACUUAAUAUCUCUUUAUCUUUUGAAGAUUGCUAAAUUUACUGAUUGUAAUUCUUGGAAUAUUUCUUUGAUUAAAGGAGGUAAGAUGAAUCCGCGGAGAUUGUCCCGCAUUGUAUUUAUAGCAACUUUAUUUUACAGUAUCUCAUUUACAGUAUUUUAUCUUUUUUAUUAUAUUGAUUAUGUUUCAUACUUACUAAAUUAAUAAUUUAUAAAUUAUAAAUUAAUUGUUCGUUUUAUCAUUGUUGUAUAGUGCAUGUCUAUAUUUGUAUAUUUUUAUACAGUUUAAAUAUUGACAAUUAAUGUUGUAAAACACGUUUAUGAUGUGGGUAUCCUGGAAAAGUAUAAAUUACUAAAUUAUUAUCAUUAUCGUGGCGAAUCUUAAUAAAAAGUAUCACUUAUUAAACAAAAAAACUUGAUGAACAUAUAAUUCUGCUGUUUUCUAACUUAACCUUUUCUCUAUACAUGCAGGAGAAAAAUGGAAACCAAGUUUGAGUCUUUUAUGCAAGAGUAUUUUAGUUCACUUGGAAAAGAACGAGUUUUAUUCUUCACUGAGAGUAAGUUUCUGAUGGCUACCAAGCUUUGUCAACCACUUGAAAUUAGUUUUAAACAACUCGAAAUAGAAUGAGUGUUAGUAUGGGUCAUCAACAGGAAUGUGGGAUGAUGAGAGUAGCUAAUAUUCUUUCCAGUUAACCAGGAAAGCUUUGAUUAAAAGAUUAAAACUAAACAAUCUUUCUGAACAGGACCUUACGUUGAGUGGACUUUGUCGCAAUGAUCCCGCGCUACGGUCAACACAACUCGCUGCCAUUUUAACAUUAUCUUUAAGGUAAGAUGUUCAAUUGAAGGUUCUGUGUUCUUCUUGUGUCCUUUGCUUCUUGGUUCGUUAAAGAUAAGUUAGUAAUUUUACUUAAAGAUAAGUUGUCAAAGAUAAUUUGUGCAGAAGAAUCUGUUGGAGAAUAUUUAUUAUCAAAGAACGUGUCUGGCUCACUGAGCUGUAUACUGUAAUAUAGUAUAGCUCAGUGGUCUGGCUUGACGAUUUAUUGGACUCUUUUCUUGUAGAGUUGCGGAAGGAUCUGGAUUUAACGAAAAGUCAAUGAAAUUAUUUCAACUUAACAUGAUGUCAAUUCCUGGAUUGUUCUUACACGUGACAAACCUAUCACCACAGGUGCUGUGUGUUUAUACUUUAGAGGGAUACAGCAAAAAAAAUUAGGAUCUCAUUUGAUAGAACUUUUAAAAUUAUGUAUAAAACGUCUUGACCGAUCUUUCAUAUCUAUCUCUGAAAGAUGUUCUUUGAACAGUCUUGGAUAUGUUCUUAAUAAAUCAAGUUCUUUAAAUCCCAGCCUCGAUAUUCUUAUAUAAACGAAAUUAUUUACGUCCCAGCUGAUGUAGUUCCCUCGAAUCUAUUGCGAAUUGCAUGCAAAAUGUGACGUUUUAUUCAGGCCUAUAAGUGUAUAAAAUCUUUUUUUCUCCAAUUGUAUAGACAUUGGACUUAGUGAAGCAAUACACUUUGUUUUCACGAAGUUUGCAGUUUUUAAAUACCGGCAACAAUUGGAGCAGUGUGUUUGAAACGUUGCGUGGAAACUACUCCCUAUGUUUACUCGGUAAGCUUUUUAUAAUCUUGGAAAAUCUUAAUAAGUAAAGACAGGAAAUAUUUGAACUGUUUUCUUUGAUCGUUUUCGUGCUUUUCUUUUCUCUCGAUAGAUUUAAACUCGACAGAAAAUAAAUUUAACUGUUUCGUUCCAGAAACGGUUUUGUUACGAAACUAGCAUGCUGGGGUCAGUCUCACAGUCAAGCCCCGUUUACACGAGCAAAUUUUAUUUGACAAAUUUCAUUUGAUCGAAAGCUAGCAUGCUAGCUUUUGUUCAAAUGCAUUUGUCACAAUAAAUUUGUCACAAACGAGCAAAAUAUCUUUGACAUAUGAAAUUUGUCAAAUAAAAUUUGCUCGUGUAAACGGGGCUUCACUAUAAAGACUGAUUUACAUACAGCACAUACAAGGCAUAAUAUAUACAUAAUCAGCCAUCGGUGGUAUAAGCUAUUCUGCAAUCUAAUUGGUUCAGCUACUCGUCGUGUAUUUAACAGUUCCAAACUCAUCACAACAACAAGUAGUACGAGCACAAGUUGUCGACAGCUUUUGAACAGAUUUGUGGCAACUUGUUUGCAGACCUGUAACAUCUUGUGCGUUUUUACGUGUGUACGCUUAAACACAUUUACGUCCACAAACAUCAACUAUAUUAUAAAUUGAAAUACUAUGCAGUUUUAAAUUAACGUAUACUAAAUCUUUCAAUUAUAUAUUUGUUUGUUGUUUUCGUAGUGAAAUGUACUGUAUAUUAAUAAAUUUUCUCGGCAUUUUUGUACAAAGGCAUUUUCUUCUUUCCUUUCAGCAAAUCUUAUUUAUUUCAUCGACAUUGACAAAGAGGUAAUUGUUUGAUUUGAUCUAAAACUCCACACGAGUGAACAUGAUUGAACAUGAAUGAAUACGAAUGAACACGAAUGGAUACUAGUGAACACGAGUGACAUGAUGAGAUCCACAAUAUACUUGCAAGAUGACGUACUAAACUACCAAAAGUUCUGUUGUCGGACAUAAGAACCGCAGGCUCUGGGCACGAGAUUGUAUAUACCACUGUGUUCACUCAUGUUCUGACUCGUGUGGAGUUUUAGAUCAGAUCUAAUUGUUUGGUUUCUAGAACUCUUGCAAAAUCGUAAUUUCCAUGUUCCCGCGCAAACUUUGUCAAUCAAAACUUUUUGUUUUGCUCAAAAUAACAUUUGUUGGCUUGGCAUCAAUCAAAUCGUUCUGCAUACGAAGUUUUUACCUCUUCGCAUGUUUUCCACGGGCUUUAUAUAUGGUGGCAAAAUGGCUCCAGUAAUAGAAAAGGCGUUAAAUGCAAUGAUAGAACUACGCUCAUAUAGAGCACUAAUACAACUACUUUCAACACAAAAGUGUUUUUUGAGCAAACAAAAAGUUUUGAUUGACAAACUUUGGAAAAGAAACGUUUGGAAAUCUAAUUUCAAAUGCAUGCUUCACGGAAGCUCGCAAAUGGUACACACGGUACAUUUAUCAUUUGUAGACCUGGAACGAUGCAUGGGGAUUGGGCGAAAUAUUUCCCUCAGUGAUGAUAUUUCUCUCGGGGCCCCGAGCGGAGGUUCUUUAAAUGAUAUAUUAUUCCGGAAGUUAACUUUAUAGUCACUGUAAGUUGAGAAUAAACUUGCUGAAUAACUAAGCGAAUACAAUGUUUAAUUUUAUAUUUAUGCCUGCAUGAGUUUUUGAAGUUGAGGUAUAAUAUUCCAACAUAAUGAAUGAAGACAUGAUCCGGAAACUCUGCGACAAGACUUUGUAAGGGACUCCGUGUCGUAUUGCUUAUAGUUUCCUUUGAGCCAUUCUGUCACGAAUGUCGUAAUAUUUUAACAGACUACCAACAUUCACAAUAUCCACUAUUUCUAAAUUGUCUGACGAACACUUUUAAUGACGAACGAAAACCGUUACUUCUAUAAUAAUAAACAACAGGAUCUAUAACGGCGUUUACAAGAGCUAACGGGGCAGUGAAACAGACAGUGCGAUAAAACUGAGUUGGACCUUCGAAUCUGUUUAUAAAGAAAGCUGCGAUUGUCGCUGGCAACCAACAUACUACAAAACUUCCAGCAAUCAUAAACAACGAACGUAAUGCUCUGAUCUCUUGGGAAGUCGCCUGUUUUUGACCUGUGAUUGCAUACCUCUGUUGCGCUAACUCUUUAUUAUGUUUUCUGCCUAAAUUAUACAUGUACACGCACAUUACAGUAGAUGAUGUUAUAUAGAAGGCCAUAGAGUAUCGUGAAAUUUGAAGAAGUUUUAUUUCGCCGAAUAAUCCAACCACGGCCACGACAAGAGUAAGGAUGGCGACAAACCAUAUAACUCCGAUCACAGUUACAGAUCGUUCGAACGUCAUAAUUUUCGGAUACUUCAAAGGCCUCAGUAUGGAGACAAAGCGGUUCAGAGUCAAAAGGAAAAUGUUUCCAGUGGUCGCUGAAACAAGGAAAGUGGUCACCGUCAUAAAGAUGCUGAAAAAGGAGUGGUAGAUACUGUAAAUGAAAAGCGCAGCGGACACUCCGCAUAGCAACAAAUCCGCACAAGCCAGGCUCAGGACAAAGAGAUUCGCAGGCGCGUCAGAAAAUUCGUCAGUCAGAGUAAUUGACAGAAUCAAGACGAGAUUCUGUAGAAAUCCGGCGAAUCCAAAGAAUGCGACAAAAACAACAAGACCGAUAGUUUCUGCUUCGCUUAAGUACACGCUUAAUGUGGAAGUCAUUUCGUCCGAUUCGAGAGAUUCGUUGAAAUUUGAAAUGUUUGUAAAGUUCAUUGUGGUAGUUCUUUUGCCUGUUUUCCUCUGAUUAAUAAUUCUACUUUCCAGGGCUUGAUGUAUACGAUUUGUAUGGCUUGAUUUUAAACGAUAGAUCUUUUGAGCUGCCGAUACGUUGAAUGCAGUUGUUCGCUAUUAAUAUUUUCUUCCAAUCUUUCUACUGUUGUACCCUGAUGCUCUUUAAUAAGUUGAACAAGAGACAAGCUUUACUAAAGGCGCUGCCAGGCCAAAGCGUUUAAUGGACAAUGCAGACAGGUGUGCGCAGUGUAUGAAUUGGUCAAUUUCUUAAUGAUGAGGACGGAGACACCUUCAGUUGAACGCCCAUGCAUGUGAACGAAUUGUUUUUUUCUGCAUGAAUCAUAGACAUAGUAUGUGUAUAGAUAAACUUGUGGUUAGAGCUUGACAACUGGACUCUGUAGCUCAGUUGGUUAGAGCACUGCACCGGAAUCGCAGCUUCGAUUCCUGCCAGAGGGGCUGGUUAGGUCUAUAAUUAUAUGUAUAAAAUUUACACUUGAAAUUUCUGUCAUAUAUAUAUCAUGAAUAUCAUAUCUAAUUUCAAUAUAUGUAAGAUGCUGAAAACAAAUAUAUAAAUUUACGUGGUGUUUCCACAAACAAAACUAUUAUAUGUUUUAUCCCCAUGCAAACCUACAAAGAACUUAUUACGAAUAUCAUAACUAAAAGUUACAUGUAGGAUGAAAUAUCACGCGUACAUGAUCUAUACAAAUAAGGGAAUGCUAUUGGCUACCUUAAGUCACGUGCUGUAUUGUGACUGGCUGCACAGAACAAUAAUUCUUACAUAAAUCUAAAUUAUUCCAAUCUCUGGGGCCAGGUGUAUAAAAAUAAAUUAAAAUUCAAUUGUCGUGGGAAACGAUCUUCGAAAUACAAAAGAGCAGAACGACUGUCUAUAUACAUUUCAAAUUUCCAAUCUCCGCGAAGACGAUUGUAUAAAAGGAAAUGAACAAUCAUUUGAUACAAUUAUCGUGGAAAACAAUCUGCAAAAUACAAUGGCAAUGGCCGUUGAAUUUAUUUGCCGCAUGUGUUACAUAUAAGUUAAAUUUGCAAAAUGGUUCAAGCAAUUUCUUGAUAAGUGGCAGAAACCCAACUAGAAACAUAUACAUGUAGGGCUUAUAAAUUAUGGGUUUCCUCAUAGACAUAAGCGUGAAAAAAAGUCACAUUGUACAUUAAUUAUAAUAUAGUGAAUAUGUAGAGUUAAUAGAUAUAUUAAUUCCCAUUUGUAAAUUGAAAAACAAAUAUUAUAAAAGAAGUAGAAAUGAUUUAAUAGACCAAUUGCGAAACUUAGUGGCGCGCCUUCAUACUGCACGAAAACGAGGCUUAUUAUGCAAAAACAAAACAAUUUCUAUAUUUUUAUAUAGCGAAAAGUGUAUUUUAGGGUUUUUAAAGUGUUUUUUCUUUAAUCUCUUUGAUCUUUUCUUAAUAUUUCGUGCUAUAGGUUAUACAAAUAUUUGUUAAAUUUAUCUAAACAUCGAUUUUCCACUAUAGUCUAUAUUUUUACCCGCUUUGGAGAGAUAUUUCGUUGUUGUUUUAGCAUGCGAUGGAACAAAUAUAUGGAAAAGAUCAAUCUAGACUUUAAAAUCUGAUCAAGAUGCAAAUAAAAUAGCCAGUAUAACUUAACAAACUAUAAUAUAACUCUUUCUACCCAGAUUUUUUUAGACUUCGUGCGAGAAAAAAACUGAUUUUGUCAAAGGAUAAUAACAUAAAAUUUCUACAAAUUUUGCCCGACAUUUUCUUUCAUAUUUUUAAAGUUAAAAUCGAAAACUUGCUAUUAUAUUACAACUGAAACAAAAUUAAUCAAUGUUACAACUUAGUCUUUGAAAUGUACUAAUAAAACAGACGGAAAAUACCUGAUUCUUUCUCUGGUAUAAUCUGCUUCUUUUAUCGGACGGCGAAAAACAGCAAAACAUUGCCUCGCACGCCGCGAAAAACAAUGAAAUUUGAAGUAAGACUUAAAACUAUGAACAAGUUUAAUAAAGAUUUACAUUGUCAAAACAGAAAUAUUGAAAAAAAAUGAAGAGAUUACCAUAAAAACGCGUCUCAAACACUGAAAUUCAUUUUUCGCCAUAUAAAAAUAUAGCAGAAUGAUUUGUUUUUGCAUAAUAAGCCUCGUUUUCGUGUAGUUUAAGGCGCGGUCACUAAGUUUCGCAAUUGGUCUAUUGAAAAUGAAAAGAGAAAAUAGAAUUCGCUUCCUUUAAUAUCAUCACUGAAAGAAAUAAAAAAGUUUGGUGCUUGAACACACAUGCCGCAUAUAGAAAAUUGUGUAUAUUUGUUCGACUAGGGAAUACAUGAAAUGAGUUACAAAUUGUUGUUUUGUAAUCAUACACUUAAAUCUUAAUUGGUUUGUUUUCAAAAAUAUUUUAUUAGAGCUUUCGGUAACAAAUUAUAGCUUUAUACAGAUUUUUUCAAUUUGGUCGAACGUUCGACGUGAAGAUCUAUAAAUUUCAAAAAAUUUUAAUCCCUAUAAGUAAUGGAUCAGUAUAUGUAUCAAAAGGAUUUUAAUUUUAUGCGAAGCAACAUCUGUGAGUCUUUGUGGUUACAUAAACAAUGUUAAACAAUGGGAAAUGACCAGCCUGCUUUGCGCGCACUGUUUACCUGCGAAUCGGGCCUUUCAGAACCGGAAAUCGGGCUGGAGCACGCGUUCGUUCUUUUGAAUUUUGAUUUGGCAAAUGAAGCACGACAAAUGGGUGAAAUGGCAAAAUUCGCACAGUGCCCGGUUUGCAAAAACACCUGCAAACUGCUUUAAUUCUUUCUGUCACUUUCAUUUGAUCUUAUCCGCGCGAGUCUGCCUCAACGGCCUUUGAUUUUGGCAUUACAGAUUUUUUAAUUUUUGGUAUAACGAAAUACCCAGUUGUAUACAAUACAGCGUGUGAAAGUUGAACAUAGGUCAUCGCACGAAAUAAAGAGAUACAACGCAUAUCUUUUUAAACAUUGGAUUUUUUAAUGGGGCCAGCACGGACAUGUAAUACGCUAUACAGCGCGUACAAUAGCGCGUGAUGGCGUGAACAACUCACCAUGUGUCAUAUUAGACGUUGUUAUCUAUUUAGUGUCAAAGUUCAAUUUUUCUGUUUGCCGAUUGGUCAAAACCGUAAUCACGUGCCGGUCCACAAAACGUCAUGUUAGGCAACCGGUCCACAAUGAAACAUUUAUUGACCGGUCAAUAAUAAAAUGGGCGCAAUACGCAUGCGUGUCAACGUUCCAAAGUCCAUUUUUAAAACUUUUUAUUAAACAGUUACGGCAUAAAUGGUUAUCCAGUUUUGGUUUCAAAUAAGUGUCAAAGUUUUGAAUUAUUCAUACUUUGACACUUAUAUACUAUAUGCACUUAUUUACUGAGACCUCGGGAAAGCAGUGUGUUUUGUGGCCCCUCGACCCACUGUUUGCUAAGCAUAGAGUUUUUUCCCCGCAAUUCUUGUAUAAGGAUUUUGUGAGGAUUACUAUAUGCAUGGAGCCAUCUUAAAUCAUUGCAACUCUGUGGACACUGCAUGAUUACAAAUUUAGGAGUGUAUGGUAUAAAUUUAAGAAAUAUAGCAAGCAAAAAGCCUAAAUUCAACACCGAACGCUUCCUUAGAAUAGUCACAGAAAGAAGUGUACAGCUAUUUAUUGAUAAUUCCAAUUAUAAAUUUCAACUAAAUUUCAACUUAAUUAAAUUAAUAUAAUUAUUACCUCUAUGCUAUUUCCUUGAGUAACGUAACCUUCGUUUUCUCUUUCGCUUCACCCGUGUCUUAUUGCUUAUAGAGUCAUUCUGUCACGAAUGUCGUUAAUAAUAUAUAAUAUAAUAUAAUAUAAUAUAAUAUAAUAUAAUAUAAUAUAAUAUAAUAUAAUAUAAUAUAAUAUAACUUUAAUGAGAAAUUACAGUAGUGGUACCCUGGAUCAGGGGGUUUCCUGUAGCCUGCACUCAGGCGGUGCUGGUCAAAUUGGAAACCGGUAGUGGAAACUUGUAUGGUAAUAUUUUAACAGACUACAAACAUUGGCAAUAUCCUCUAUUUCUAAAUUGUCUGACUAACACUUUUAAUGACGAACGAAAACCCUUACUUCUAUAAUAAUAAACAACAGGAUCUAUAACGGCGUUUACAAAAGCUAAAGGAGCAGUAAAACAGAAAGCGCGAUAAAACUGAGUUGGAUCUUCGAGUCUGUUUAUAAAGAAAGCUGCGAUUGUCACUGGCAACCAACAUACUACAAAACUUCCAGCAAUCAUGAACAGCGAACUUAAUGAUCUGAUCUCUUGAGAAGUCGCCUGUUUUUGACCAGUGAUUGCAAACGUUUGUUGUGCUAAUUCUUUUUUAUGUUUUCUGCCUAAAUUAUACAUGUACACGCACAUUACAGUAGAUGAUGUUAUAUAGAAGGCCAUAGAGUAUCGUGAAUUUCGAAGACGUUUUAUUUCGCUGAGUAAUCCAACCACGGCCAUGACAAGACUAAGGAUGGCGAGAAACCAUAUAACUCCGAUCAUAGUCACAGCUCGUUUGAAUGUCAUGAUUUUUGGAUACUUCAAAGGCCUUAAUAUGGAGACAAAGCGGUUCAGAGUCAAAAGGAAAAUGUUUCCAGUGGUCGCUGAAACAAGGAAAUUGGCCACCGUAGUAAAGAUUCUGAAAAAGGAGUGGUAGAUACUGUAAAUGGAAAGCGGAGCGGACACUCCGCAUAGCAACAAAUCCGCACAGGCCAGGCUCAAGACAAAGAGAUUCGCAGGCGCGUCGGCAAAUCCGUCAGUCAGAGAAAUUGAAAGAAUCAAGACGAGAUUCUGUAGAAAUCCGGCGAAUCCAAAGAUUGCGAUAAAACCAGCAAGUCCUGCAGUUUCUGCUUCGCUUAAGUACACGCUUAAUGUGGAAGUCAUUUCAUCCAAUUCGAGAGAUUCGUUGAACAGUGCAUUAUUCGGUAAAAAACAGAUAUUUUGAACAGUGUACACAUACAAUAUCAUGUCGUGGAAAACAAUAUUGAAAAUACAAAUCAAGAGCAGGAAGAUUCAUUUCCAAUCUUUGGGGCCGGGUGCAUGUGUAAAAUAAAUGAAAUGUCAAUUGUCGUGGGAAACGAUCUUCGAAAUACAAAAGAACUAUAUACAUUUCCAAUCUCCACGAUGCCGAUUGUAUAAAAUAUUAAAAGGAAAUUAACAAUCAGUUGACAAUUAUCGGGGAAAACAAUCAAAAAUACAAUGUCAAUGAGUGUCAAUUCCACAUGUCUUGUGUUACAUAUCAUAUAAGUUAAAUAUGAGAUAAAUAUACAAAAUGUUUCGAAUAAUAUACUAAUAAAUGGCGCGAGGAAACCCAACUAGAAACAUAUACAUGCAGGGCUUGAAAAAUAUGGUUUCCUCAUAGACAUAACUCAUAAAUAUACUCAAUAUAUAUAUAUAUAUAUAUAUAUAUGUAUGUAUAUAUAUAUAUAUAUAUAUAUAUAUAUAUAUAUAUAUAUAUAUAUAUAUAUAUAUAUAUAUAUAUAUAUAUAUAUAUAUAUAUAUAUAUAUAUAUAUAUAUAUAUAUAUAUAUAUAUAUAUAUAUAUAUAUAUAUAUAUAUAUAUAUAUAUAUAUAUAUAUAUAUAUAUAUUAAAUAACACUUUCACAAUAUAUAUUUUAAUGAAUAUAUAUACUAAUAUAGUCAUAGAGUUCAUAAAUAUAUUAAUUGACAUUUGUAAAUUGAAAAACAAAUAUUAAUAUAGGCAUUAUAGCGGAAGAAAUUAAUUUAAAAUGAAAGAGAAAAUGGAAUUUAAGUCGCUUCCUUAUUUAAUAUCAUCACUGAAAGAAAUAAAAAUGUCUGGUGCUUGAAGACGUAUGCCGUAUAAAGAAAAUUGUCUAAUAUUUGUUCGACUAGGGAACACAUCAAAUGAGUUACAACUUGUUGUUUUGUAAUCAUGCAUGCUUAUAAUUGGUUUGUUUUCAAAAAUAUUUCAUUAGAGCUUUCGGUAACAAACUCUAUAGAGUGUAUAGGCGUAUAGCUUAAUUUAUAGUCCUACAGAUUUUUCCAAUUUAGGAACGAUCAACACGGGGAUCUGUAAAUUUAUAAAAUUUUAAUUCCCUAAGUAAUGGAUCAGUAUAUGUAUAUCAAAAGGACUUUAAUGUACAAAUACUAAAUUCUAACACCAGAAUUUCGAAAGAUUUAUACAUGAUGAAGCCAUAUAAAAUCGUGGCUCAUUAUAUAGAGACUUUGAAGUUUGCCAAGUUUGCAGAUCAUGCAUAUAUCUCAAUUGACUAUAUAUGGCUUCAAUCAGUGGUACAGAAAGCAGUCCUCACAACAUUCUACAUUGUCAUUGCCGAGGCAAGUUUUACCGUUCAAUAGGCAAUUCCAUGCAGCUUUUAAUUUAUACGCGCAGGGGAAGUAAUUAAAGGAUCUUAUUUUUCACCCUGCUCGGUUUCCUUUGUUCUUAUCGGGGAAUAUAUUCAAUAUUCCACUCUAUUCAAUUUCCGUUUAAUAAUCCCCUCUAAUAUUCACCUGCAAUUAAUAAUCCCCUGUAAUAUUCACCUGCAAUGUCUUUGCAGCACAAAAAAUGAGAAAAAACAACAUCGCAAAAGCAAUAUGGCAUUGAGAAUUAUUUCUUUUCUGACUCAUUAACGCGACCUCGCAUUGUGAAAAAUAAGUACGUUAUUUUGAGGCACCUCGGGGAUAUGUGAUUUAUUCACCUCGGCGCUGCGCGCCUCGGUGAAUAAAUCACAUAUCCCCUCGUUGCCUCAAAAUAACCUAUACUUAUUUUUCACCCUGCUCGGUUUCCUUUGUUCUUAUCGGGGAAUAUAUUCAAUAUUCUCCUCUAAUCAAUUUCCGUUUAAUAAUCCCCUCUAAUAUUCACCUGUAAUUAAUAAUCCCCUCUAAUAUUCACCUGCCAUGUCUUUGCAGCACAAAAAAUGAGAAAAAACGACAUAACGAAGGCAAUCUGACAUUAAGAAUUAUUUCUAUUCUGACUCAUUAACGCGACCUCGCAGUGUGAAAAAUAAGUACGUUAUUUUGAGGCACCUCGGGGAUAUGUGUUUAUUCACCUCGGCGCUGCGCGCCUCGGUGAAUAAAUCACAUAUCCCCUCGUUGCCUCAAAAUAACCUAUACUUAUUUUUCACCCUGCUCGGUUUCCUUUGUUGUUAUCGGAGAAUAUAUUCAAUAUUCCCCUCUAAUAAUCCCCUCUAAUAAUGAAUCCCCUCUAAUAUUCACCUGCAAUGUCUUUGCAGCACAAAAAAUGAGAAAAACAACAUCACGAAGGCAAUAUAGCAUUAAGAAUUAUUUCUAUUCUGACUCAUUAACGCGACCUCGCAAUGUAAAAAAAAUAAGUACGUUAUUUUGAAGCAACGAGGGGAUAAUUAUGUGUUUAUUAAUAAAUCACAUAUCCCCCCGUUGCCUCAAAAUAACCUAUACAUAUUGCUGAUCACGCUGAAAAAAUAAAUUAUAAAAAUGACGGCCGUGUUAACACAGAGUGAUGGCUUAUACUUGUAAAUAUUGAAAUAUUUCGGUUGUUUCGGCAGUUUUUAAUGAAAUUUAUCAGCUUAAUCAGCAAUAUGAUACCUUACUUCCCUUGGAAUUGUCAAUCGCCGAGGUAAUUCUACCAUGCAUGCACACACUGACUGUAAAAAUUGCCAAAGGCAAAGAACGUCGGCAAUUGCAGUGUUGCCGAAGCCAAAAUAGAGAAAUUCAGAUUUGACUAAUCGGAUAUAUCAAACGCAUCUGAUUGGUUAAUCGGAUUUAUAAUAUAACAUUUGUAAAUUCUGAACGCUUAUUGGCUAAUAAGAGCUGUGUUGUAUAACUCAAUGUCAACACGGAAACGUCGGAAAACCUCUUUCUUUAUAUUUCUUGGUGCUAUGUUAUAAAACAAAUAUAAAACAUUUUCCGUAUUGAUAUACAGUUAUAUCAACACUCGUGGGAAUUGGGAAAACUCGAAAUUGUGUGAAAACACUCCGCCCCUCGGGCGUCGUGUUUCCACACAAUUUCUCGUUUCCCCAAUUUCCACUCGUGUUGAUAUAACUGUAUAUCAAUACGGAAAAUGUUUUAUAUUUGUUAAAUACCAAACGCAUCUGAUUGGUUAAUCUGAUAUAUGAAACGCAUCUGAUUGGCCGAUAGUCUCUUAAUGGUGGCGGUGGUGGAAGACAAAUUUGAACCUCCCUAAUAACUUAGUUACAAUGACUGAUUAAGGUCGUAACAGUAUCGGAUAGGGCCAACUUAUAUUGGGCUCUUUUUAUGAUAGGUACUCUUAAAACUUAUCACUCAAGCUAACUGCCCCUUUCCCUGAAUUCUCAGCGGUCCUUACUGUAUUGCGAUGACUUAAUGACAUCGUAUAUAAAAUGCUUGUAAAUAAUAUAAUCAAACUAUCAUUGUCGAUAUUUGAAAUUAACCUUAGGUUUGCUCCUUAUAUAGGCUUUUAAAUCGAAUAUCCCAGAAUUUUUGGUAAGUGUUUUUAUUAUUUAUACACUCAAAAAACUCCCUGGUUAAAAUGUUCCUGGUUAAUCUAAAAAUCCCCCUAUUUGGAUUAACUUAAAGGCCUUAUGCAUGCAACGAAUUUUUCGAUGGUGAGACUUUUGCAUUACGUUAUAGAGUUUUUUGCAUUGGUUCGAAAGAUGCAAACCGUUUUCCGAAACUCCAAGUAGGUUUUUUUUUAUAAGCCUUCAAAGUCGCGAAUUUUGCCACUUUCUUUGCGAAAAAAAACAACCUUUGGUGAUCGGUGGUGUGACGUCACGGUAAGGAGUUGUUUUCGACGGACCUUAUGUAAAACGUCUUAAUCCUUCGUUUACACACAGCACGACUCAUCUUCUGUGACGUCACAGCGCGAACCAGUUUUUCGCAAGAGGGACCCAACACAAAAUUCACUAACUUCUAGUUUGAAUUUCGCAUCGAGACUGGUAUCGAAAUGAUCAGAAAAGAUGAAAUUUUAAUAAUGUGCAAAAAUCUCACCAUCGAAAAAUUCCUUGCAUAAUGCCUUUAAUAUUCCUGGUUACAUUUCUUGGUUAUUUUACCUGACUUCCUACCAUAUAUAGUCAUGGUAACUACCAUGGUUAAUCUAACCAGUAAGGUAACUAGGAAUCUAGUUAUAUUUGAGCAGGACGUCCAGGUUAAAUUAUCCAGACUAUAUCCUUGCAGGGCUCAAAAUAACGGUCAAAAUGACCGGUCAACUUGAUUUUAGCUCGGUCAAAAUCGGUUUUUGACCGGUCAUUGAUACGCUUACACUGACAGUGAAACAAACUGUUAGAAACUUGUUUCGAUACACCGUAGUUUCAUGUUUUAAUUCAAGACGUCAGCAAUCACAUUGGACCGGUGAGGUAAAAAAGUGACCGGUCAAGAGGCAUUUUUGGCCGGUCAUUGUCCGUUGACCAGCCGUUAUUUUGAGCCCUGCCUGGGUUGCGAAACGUGGAAAAGCAUUCGACGCAUGGAAAAUAGACGGGUUCCCGACAGGGGGCUAUAGCCUCGCCCUCCCCCCCCCCUGUGACGCCGCUACUGCAAGAGAUUGACUUAGUGAAUUUUCUAUUAGCUGCACAUUUAAUCUGUGUUUUAUUAAAUCAAUGUUUCAUAUCUUCUCACAUAGUCAGGGGUGACAAAGAUUCUGGCAGACCUUCGGUCGUUCGUGUCAAAAGACAAAUCGUCACUUGCAAGUUGGCAUCCUAUAUUUGGCUGGUAUAAAGAGACUUGUGAUUCGCAGUUGAAUUCUUCUAUCAGACAUGUGACAAAACAACUUCAAGUACUUUGGAAACGAAGUACGAUCGAAGUAUUGUUUCAAUCUCUUCCGCCAUUGCAGCUGGACGCUGAGAAAGCUACAGCAAAGAAUAAAGGUAUUUUAAGACACAUUUAGAAUAAUUCGCGUCAUGGGCAAAAAUCAUGGACAUGAUUAUUAUUUAUUCUACUUCCUGAGUAAUUUGCAUAUCAUAAAAUGAUCAUGUUUUGUGAUCAUCGAUGUAUAACCUGUGGGUAAAGACCUACCUAAAAUGAUCAUGUUUUGUGAUUGGCUUUCAGAAACAAAAAUGAUCAUUGUUCGUGACUCGUUCUUUAGAAAGAUUUCUAUAGUUUUAUUGUCUUUCAUUGUUAUAAUCAACCAACCACGAGCUUGGAUAGUAUAGAUAGAUGAUGACCCUAACCUGUUGAAAUAUGGCUUGAUCGUCUUUGAAAAACUUACUCGUGCAUGUUUUUCCCAAAUUAUCACUAAAAACCUUACUAUUACCUCUACAUUUUAGCUGUAGAUGGUCGUAAGAAGCUUCUCGCUCGAUUAAUAACUGGUAGAUUCACAUCAAGACAAGAAACAAACCUGUCUUCACCUGAGGUCGUACAGAUCCGCAAUACUUGUGUCAUGUUUGAGCUGGUUCUCAACUCGUUAAGUCAAUUGAAAAUGGAUGUAUUAACGGGUAGGUUUGUUAAAAAACUUUUUAUUAUUUUUUUGUGUUGUUCGGUGUACUCAGGUGUAUAUGAUGUUUGUGAUGUUACUCUGAGUGUAUAUCCACACCGGGCAAGCUUGAAAAGUAUGCCUGGCCAUGGUGGCAUUGAUAUCGAAGAAACCAGACUCAGUUCCGAAAUAUCAGUUGGCAGAGCAUUGGGCUAGUAUUCCAAGGGUCUUAGGUUCGAUUCCCACCGUGGUCAGGCAUAUUUUUCAAGCUUGCCCGGUGUGGAUAUACACUCAGAGUAACAUCACAAGCAUCAAACUUUAUAUUGCUACCAGUUGAGACUUUCCUUCAACUGUGUUUAUCGUAACCCACCCUGUCAACUUUCCCUGUGGGAGGAAACCGGAGCACCCGGAGAGAAAAUCCACGACUUUCGACAGAACGUUAACUGACUCUUUUCACAUGAGUCCGUAGCGAGAAUAGAACCCACGAUCUCAGAUCCACUUCCUCCGCGGUCUUAGGCAGCCAGCCGUUUUUUGAACGGCCAAUUUUGAUUUUAAGAUAGCAGAAUGAAAAUGGCGGCUUUUGAGUGGCCAAGAAUGAAGUGAAUUUGCUCAUUUAUCGCACACAAGACAUCCCUUUAGCAAUUAACACAACCGCAGUCGAAUUGCGAUGAUUAGUUAAAUAUUUCGAACUGUUAUUCGACUAUUAUUAAACUAUUAUUAAACUUUUUUCGAUUAUUUUUGCACUUUUCGUCCACCAUUUACAUUAUUUCGAAACUCCAUGAGUUGUGUGUUAAGUCAUGAACAAUGGAAAGAAAAUUGACAGAAAUAUACAGUCAUAUGGGGCUGGUGGUAUUUAUUGUAUUUUAGUGACAAAUUACGAUUAUAGACUUCCAAACCACAAUAAUUUUAGCCCUUUAUAGUUUUUAGAAUGCAUACCACCUUGUGACAGUGGUAUUGCCGAAUAUAAUAUGCAACACCCCUGGCCCACAAAGGCUAUUCGUCAGUCACAUGGCUCAAAAUAGCCAAUUCACCCAGUUUUCAGAUCCUGGCUAAAACCCUGACUUGUUCUGCAUGACGACUCCGCCACCGAAGCUCCUAGCCCGGUUAUUUGUUUUACUUAAUUGAAUCCAAUGUAACCUUUUAUUUAUAGGUCUGAGUUUUAACGAGGAAUUUCUUCUACGUCUGCUCAAGUUUUUACAAGAGUUGGGACCAGAUGGUGGACUGAGUUUAAUACUGAGUUAUGUUUCGUCAGAAAGUUCACAAAUGUCCACAUCCAUCCAGUCGCUGCUGAUCUUGUUUUGUGAUUGCUGUAGUCAUCUCAUCCCGUAAGUAAAGUAGAAGAAGCUAAAGCAGGAAUGCAUGCCAGUAUCGUAUUUGCGACAACAUUUUUUCAUAUAAUAGUUUUAUUUGUGGAAACAUCACGUAAAUUUAUUACUGCAAAUAAACAAAAAACUCAUAGAUAUUAUAAAAUAUUUAUUAUUGUCAGCUUUCUACACAGCUUUCUAUACCUUCUAGGUGUAGAAAGCUGACAAUAAUAAAUAUUUUAUAAUAUCUAUGAGUUUAUGUAAAGCUUUCCUGGCUGCAACGGCAGAUAUAUCUAAAAAUUGCAAAUAAACAAACUUAAAAUAAAUAAAUAAACACCACGUAAAUGUAUUACUUAUUAAUUUAUUAUUAAUUUAUUACACUAUUGUUUCCACAAACAAAACUAUAAAAUGUUUAACAUUUUUUCAGUCGUUAAUUAAUAUUUCUUUUCGCACUUUAGAAUUAAUGUACCGUAAUUUGUUAAAUUUUUCGGUAAUAUUUUCGUAAAUUUAUCAAAUUCUUUGCUAUAACUAUUAUUUUUUAAUCCGAACAUUGCCAAACCGAAUGCCGGUAGACGUAAACAAUUUUAAAUUCAGCUGGCCAGAACUAAGCCCGUUAAUUCUUCGUUUUAGUCGCAAAAUAUGCUACCACGCCCGCUAAAGUUAUUUAUAAUAAUUGUUAAAUAAAGAAGACAAAUGAAAUGCAUGAAAGUUAAAUACUGCAUGACUAAUAUAGUAAUUAUUUUUUCAGUAUUGUUGACGAUUAUGAAAUGUACGAGCAACAAAAACCGUUCAGCCUUGAAGAUCUCACAGCUUUAUCUGGAUUUUUAAACACCUUGAACUACAAACUAUUGUGGAACAGACCACGGGCAAAAAGUAAGUAAGAUUUCGUCAAAAAGUGCAUCUACAUAAUUAUGUUGAUUCUGCCCUUGCAAGUGAAACAUCAGGCGAUUGUUUGAUUUCCACCAUUUUGGUUGUCAUUUAAAGCUAAAUGAAAAUAUACACGCAGGACUGUAGUGACCGGGUGUGUGUGGGAGGAGGGGGUAACCCUCCCCCCUCCCAGGACUGUAGUGACCGGGUGUGUGUGGGAGGAGGGGGUAACCCUACCCCCCCCCCCCCGGACUGUAGUGACCGGGUGUGUGCAGGAGGAGGGGGUAACCCUACCCCCCUAAAUAUCUAAAUAUUUGUUCAUGAGUAAUUUCAGGUAAGUUAAGGAGUGACUUAAGCUGAUUUUCAGGUAAAUUAUAAGAGUACUGACUGGCAAACAUGGAAGCAGGGCCGCCGAGAGGGGGGCAGGGGGGCAAAUUGCCCCGGGCCCCCAGGUUCUGGGGGCCCCCAAAAAUUUUUGUUGGGCCCCAGUAAGUUAACAGUGAACUGACGCUACAAGAAUGCCACAUUUUAGGUGCAUUCCCUGGCUUUUUGAGAGUCUGGAUAGUAAAAGAAUUCCCUGAACCUCCCUAUGGUUGUUCCAAGAAAAUAUUUUGAUUUCCAAGAAAGGAUUUUCAGUUUUGGUUGGCAGAACGUAACAGUAGGAUUGGCAAAAAAAUAGACCAGUAUUAAGUGAAUAUAUAUUUGACCUCAAAACUUAGUCUUUGGUUUUCUUGGUCAUACUUAUAUUAGUUUAGUGAAAAUUGCAGCAUCCUGAUAUCAAACAUGUUUUGUGUGUAGAGAAUGCGGAGAUGGUGAAUUUACUAGACAAUACAGACAAUAUGUUGUCUUCAGUGUAUCAACUUCUGAUGCUCAUUUACGACAGAGAUUCCAGAAGACGCUUCACACCCGAAAACCACUGGUUAAUCAAGUAAGAAAGCUGGGGUAAUAUUUGUAACCCCGUAUCUGUGCCACCAACCCCGGCUUAAAUAGCCAUAAACUUAGGCCCCGUUUACAUGAGACCGGGACGAAGUCAAACCGGAAUGAAAAUUGAAAUUGUCAACAUGUUUACAUGAGACCGGUACGAGGAUCACAAAAUCUUCAAUUUAUUCCCCUUGCCAGGCAAUUUUCUUUUUCAGAUGGCUUUUGCUAGCAUGUGUUGUUCCAAUGUCAAGAUUACAGCUGAGACCGGUCUGAAAUGUAUUUGUGUUUACAUUCAUCCCAGUCUGCAUUCAUGCCGGUCUGAAGUCAGUCGGUUCGGUCCAGAAGGCGGAAUGACUUGAGACCGGUCUGAGUUAUUUUCGUCCCGGUCUCAUGUAAACAUCUAUUAUAUAGAUAAUACUAUGACCGAAACGAGAUGGUCCCGGUUUGACUUCGUUCCGGUCUCAUGUAAACGGGGCCUUAAACAUGAAGUUGUGGUUCGAGUUCGACAACUGGCCUCUGUAGCUCAGUUGGUUAGAGCUCGACAACUGGCCUCUGUAGCUCAGUUGGUUGGUGCUCUACAAGUGAAUCGCGGAGCCGCAGGUUUGAUUCCUAUAGGCAAGGAGAUGCAAAUAAAUCACCACAGCUAGAAAGAGCAUACUAAAAUUGCCAAGUUUGGUUGUGAAAUGUUGUAAAAUGCGGAAAAUAUAGCCUUGCAAAGUUUGCAAAUUUUGUAUACUUUUGUAUUUACACAGCUCAAACAUGGCUACAAUCAUUAUAACAUAGUAUAUGUAAAUGUGUCAUUUGACAAAUAUACUUUAUGUUUUAAUAUAGAGAGUUAAAGAUUAGCUUAUUCAAGUCGGAGCUAUCGACAGGAAAGCCAAGAGCUAUUGAAAUAUUGCAAAUGAUUCCUCACAUUGUACCACACAGGGAGGUAUGGGCACAAGCUGACCAAAAGUGAAAAAUUAUCGAUGUAUCACGUCAAAGAAGUGUGCGUGAUUUACGCAUUUCUAAAUACAUGGCGAGAAAUAAGGGUCACGCAUGCGCAUAGAACUUGCUGACUUAGGAAUAGUUUGAUCAGAUUUCUUAUAUGAGAUUUAUAAGAGUUACACUGGGAAAAUGUCACAUCGUUUCAACCCAUUUCCACUCGGGGAAAUUUUCCGCAGAAAGGAAAUUUCGUAAAAUUUGAUUGGCCGACACAAAUUUUCCGUCGGAAAAAUUUUGUAGUUGAAAAUUAACAAUGAUAUUUUCGGAAAAUUUUCUGCCCGUGGAAAUUUUUCUUGAGUGGAAAUAUGUCUUUAGAAAUCGUACAGAAUAUAUAGUUCCUGAAUAUUGCAGGAAACUUUGAUGGAUCUUACUCGAACACCAAAGUUUAUAGUCUUCAACCCGGAUUAUUCAAAUAUAUAUCGUUGUAUACUUGUUUCAGUCUGAUUUAGCUUAAAGAAUUAUCUUCUGAAUUGUUCACAUCAUAUUCCAUCGCUUUAACCUUAAAGUUUGAGCAUUUUCUGAUCGUCGAAUGAAGACUUUUACAAAUUCAGAGUUUUAGAAUCAUUAAUUUAAAUAAUGUAAUAUAAAUAGAUAAUCUAUUAUUGAACGCAUAAUUCCAUGUCAACCCAAACAUGUGCUUUGAGGUGUUCAUGUUAUUUGCUUUAUAUUUAGCGUGUAAAAAUCUUCCGAAAUUUGGUCCAACAAGACAAGAUGUCUCUAGGGAUAUCCAAUGAUCAAGAUGACUUCAGUGCUAGCUGUAUAUUUGUGAAAGUUCGUAGAAAUCAGCUGCUAGAGGUUUGUCAAUUCAAACAUACGUUUGUAUGUAUUUCAUCCAAUCAAUCAAUCAAAAACAUUUAUUUAAACACGAUUUAAAAAUGAGCAGCAAAUUGCCGAUGUGGUCGUGUGUCUACCAGUAUAGAAUAUCGAUUUACAUAUGCUAUGCUAAAUAUGCAUAAUUUAUAUAUAAAUUAAAUAUCUUAUGGUAGAUAAGAAUAUAACUAGAAAAGUUUAAAAAUAAAUAUAGUUAAUAAAGAUCAUUAUUGUAAGAGCUAAAAUCCAUUGCUUCAAGAUCUUGAUGCCCCCUUGUUGAUCCCUUUUCACCUAACCAUGUUAGCAUGGUUAGAUUCAUCUGAACUUUUUUUAUUAUUUUCGCCUUAACCAUAAGAAAUUAGGAUUCAUUUUAGGUUUUCUUUUAGGAUGGGUACAAGCAAUUGUCAAAAAUUCCAAUCCAAAAGCUGAAAGCAACGAUCAAGAUAAAAUUUGUCAAUGAAUACGUACGUAAACGUAAUAUUUAUACACUAUUACUGUCACUGUUGUAAUUCACAACAUUUUGAUAACUUCAGAGAGAUAGUACGUACUUACAGAGGUCUCACUUUUGCGGGAAAACCGAAAGCUAGUGUUUACCAAAAUAGCUGACGUCUAUUCUUAAUUAUUAAGCGCGUUAAUUCUAAUGGAAAUACCCAUAAAGAUGAGCUGCUCAUAUUUAACUACUACUUAGUACGUACUGUAAACAUACGUAUUUUAUUCUUGCAAUGUCAUUCUUAUCAAUUUAAUUUGAUAUAUAUAGGGAUUAGAUGAAGCUGGCAUCGAUCAAGAUGGUGUUUUUAAAGAAUUCUUAGAGGAAACAAUCAAACAAGCAUUUAAUCCACAGCUCAAUCUAUUCAAGGUACGAGCUUUUGUUUACUUUUAUAAAAUUGAUCUUGCAUUUUUCACUUCAAGAAACGUACUAGGUUGGCCCCAACCCCGUGCAAAUUCCUGGAAAUUUUUGGUUGUGAUUUUUUUGUCUUUAUUUUAGCUCACUGAAAAUCAGCGACUUUAUCCCUCGCCAACCUCAUGUAUCCAUGACAAUCACCUUGCUCUGUUUGAGUUUGUUGGCAAAAUGUUAGGAAAAGCUGUUUAUGAGGUAGGUAGGAUCUCCUCUUUGCACGCAAUACACCCUUUCGAUAAUUACGUCACAACUACACUGUUUUCAACUUAGGACCGCCUUAAAUGGAAAGUAUUUCAAGUUUUUUUCUCAUGGGCUAUGCACAGAGAAGCAGAACAUCCUUCUUCAACACAUGCAUGAAAAAAAAAAUUGAAUUUUGAUCAAUAAAUAUGGAAAUAAGCUUCAACACGAAAACGAGGCUCCAGGUCAUGAUCUGGAGCCUCGUUUUCGUGUUAAAGCUUAUUUCCACAUUUAUUGGUCAAAAUAAAAAAAUCUUUUUCAUGCAUGUGUUGAAGAAGGAUGUUCUGCUUCUCUGUGCAUAGACCAUGAGAAAAAAACUUGAAAUCCUUUCCAUUUAAGGUGGUCCUAAGUUGAAAACAGUGUAGUUGUGACGUAAUUAUCGAAAGAGUGUAUUACCGGUACACCUAUAUCAACAGUUUGAUAACUAGUUCAUUUCUAUUUCCUAGGGUAUUGUCGUCGAUGUUCCAUUUGCGCCAUUCUUUCUCAGUCUUCUGUUGUCACGUCAGCACAGCGCAUUAUACAGUUCUAUUGACGAACUUCCUUCCUUUGAUCCAGACCUCUACAAGAAUCUCAACUAUGUCAAGGUUUGCGUUUUAAUCGUGAUUGAGUCAAAGAUUUUCCGAGGGCGUCUCAGUGCUUCCACUUUCAUGGAAAUUUCCAUAUUUUUUGGCUCCGGAUAUAUAAUAUGGAGCUCAUUGGUGGUAUAUGCCUUUAAAAGAUUGGGGCCGAGUUGUUUUCAUGGUGGGAUUGUUUAAUAUAAAUGGAAUCCUUGUUAUUAUUUACAUUCUGCGUUAUUGAAUAUGAAGAAUUCUCUGUUUAGAAUUACGAAGGUGAUCUGACUGAUCUGGGUUUAACAUUCUCAUUUGAUGAAGAUUUUUUAGGAAAAGUAAGUGCUAUCUGUGGUUUUAUAUAAAACUAUGUUGUCUAAACCAUUAUAUUAGAGAGAUUAAACAAUUAGAUCAUUCGCUCUCGGUGCGAUGUACCUCGUCAGCUAUUAGCUCAUACAAUCUGAGCUCAUGGUAUAAUUGGUAAAUAUUCUAUAUGAUACGGGCAUCUUCCUCGAUAGAACAGGAUUUUGAAGGGUAUAGUUUUUCCCGAAAUUUACAUCUAUAUAAAGAGUGCAAUGUACCGUUACUGAUUGACUUGUAAUGUUUUGAUCCAGGUUAUAACGCAUGAUCUGAAGCCUGGUGGAAGCUGUGUCGACGUCACAGAUGAAAAUAAGUAAGUGAUUACUUUUUUACAAUUAUGCCACCAUGAUAUCAGCUCGUAUACGACGAGAAUUAUAUGUGCACGGUUUCCCGUAAGAAUGAGUUUUCCAAAGUUUUGGAUUGGGUAAACAACUUUAUUGUUUGUAGGAUAAGCUAUAUUCAUCUCAUGGCUCACUAUAAGAUGUGUGUGCAGUUACGAGAUCAGAGCAGAGCGUUCUUUCAUGGCUUUCGAGAGUUUAUUCAGCAUGAUUGGCUUGGAAUAUUUUCUGGUCCUGAAUUACAGAAACUGAUCUCUGGUGAUAGCACUUCACUGGAUGUCUCUGAUCUACGGUAUGUUGAAUUUUUUUCAAUUUCUAUUGUUGGGAAUAUUUCAGCUUGUUUUAUGACGAUAUUCGCACCCAAUAAGUAUACCCCGCGAGUUUUCUCCGGGUUUGCUCACACAUGUUGGCAGAGCUGGUUGGGAUAAGCCUCAUACUCUCCCUUCCACCGUGGCUGUGCCAUUGAACUAUAAAUAAACUGGAAGGCUAACUCAGGGGGGGGGGGGAAUUGAAGCCAGUGCAUUUUAGUUUUUCUGAGUUAUGAGCAGAAAUACUCAACACUGAACGUUGGGCUAUAUAUCAAAUUGAAGCUAUUGAAAAACGCUAUUUGGUGUAGAAAUUUCAAGACUUUAGCUAAAAGGGAAAUAUUGAAAAACUACAAACAUAAUUAUCGAUAAUUUGCCGUUUUGCAGUUGUUUUUGUAUUUUUUAAAUAUUUUUCUUUUCGCUGAAGUCUUGAAAUUUCCACACCGAAUAGCAAUUUUCAAUAGCUUCAUUUUGAUAUAUAGCCGAACGUUUGGGGUCAAGUAUUUCUGCUCAUAACUCAGAAAAACUAUUUUGGCUUCGUCAAAUCAUAGGCCUUCAUCAUAGCAGUUAGCCUUCCAGUUUAUUUAUAUAGUUCAAUGGGCUGUGCUCCAUGAUCAGACAUAGUCAUAUUAUCAAAAUCUAUCAAGCGGUAAAUUGGUACCUUGAGAGUUGCACACGCAUGCAGUGUUGACUCUGAAUGUAAAUUGCGUAGAUUUUUAACUUUCUAUUAAAAGUAUGUUGACACACAAAAUAAAUAGAGGAUAUUACACGGCGGCGCGAAGAUAUGACUUUUAUCUUCGAGUGGUGAAAACAAUAUUUUACGAACGAGCACAGCGAGUAAAAUAUUGUUUUUAACAUGAGAAGAUAAAAGUCAUAUCUUCAAGCCACCGUGUAAUGUUCUGUUUAUUAUAUAAUCCCAAGCUGAAAAUUGUCAAAUUUCACGUUCAAAAGCAAAUUGAAAAAAGUCACGUGAUCGAUAUCUUCACUAGUGAAGAUAUGGAAAAUAUCUCAGUGUGUAUUUUUCAGUAUCUCACUCUCUACUAUAUAAUAAGUAGCAUUAUGUUUGCAUCAACAGUUUUAAAGCAAACACAGCGAAACAAAGCAUGUGGAACAGAAAUUUGUGGGAAAGAAUUUUAAAGUUUCUUUCCAAAAACACGAUAACAAUUCAUGUGUAAUAAUCCAUGUUUGACCGCAAUAAUUAUGUUUCUACAGAGCCAACACGACAUACUAUGGUGGAUAUCACAACAAACAUCGGGUUAUUAAUUGGCUCUGGGAGAUCGUAGAGAAAGACUUUAAUGAAUCUGAGAAAUCUGCAUUUUUAAAGGUAAUAGUUCUAUAUUAAACAAUUGUAGUUCACACACAUAAAAAUAAGCAGUGUUUUGGAAAUCUGUGUGUGUUACUGAAAUAUAACAGGAUAUAGGUCCCUUGAUGGAGUUUUAAGUUGUUGUGAGUUUCAUCGUUUGUGUUAUAUUAGUUUGUUUUGAUUGUUAAAAUUAUCAGUGUAAUUGUUAAGUUUAGUUGUUUGUUUGUUCAUAGUUUGUCACGAGUUGUUCAAAGCCUCCAUUGCUUGGUUUCGCUCAUCUUCGUCCGGAAUUUUCAAUCCGCUGUGUCGAGACAACUGAUGACGAGGUAAGAUCGGUUACAGUGCUGUUAAAACCAACUGAGCUACAGAGGCCUGUUAUCGAACUCUAUAUACAGCUAUACGUAUAUAUAUAGUUGGAUUUUGUGUUAUAAAGUAUUCUCUUUGUAUUUAAAUAACAUGAGAAAACAGUGAAAACACAAAAAGCAGAAUGAAAUAUUUGAGAUACUGAGUUAUUUCAAGGCUUUAGAAUUAUUUUAUAACCUUCUAUUUAAGGACGAAGGUGAUUCGGUGGGCAGUGUCGUUCGGGGGUUUUUCAAUAUUGGCCGUCGGAAAGUCUCCGCUAGCAGGCUACCUACAUCUUCGACAUGUUUUAAUCUUCUGAAACUUCCAAAUUACGCCAGGAAAGAAAUUUUAAGAGAAAAACUACGAUAUGCUAUUCAGUCACAUUCUGGCUUCGAGUUAUCUUAACCUGUCCUGUAUAUGUAAAUAAAUUUUGACAUAAAUGUGAAUAUCAGUCCCAGGCACUUGUUGGAACAACUUAAUUGUUGCAAGUCAACUUGUUCCAGACUUGAAAAGGGGGCAAAAAAGUAACGACAUAGCCUUAACUUUUCGUCCCUUUUUAGUCACUUUUUCAUUCUUGAGAAAGGGGCAAAAAAUGGCAAAAAGUAAGACUGUGAGCCUUAACCUUUGGUCCAAAAAGUAAGGUCGUGAGCCUUAACCUUUGGUCCAAUUUUAGCCAUUUUUUCUAUUAUUGAGAAAGGAGCAAAAUUUGGCAAAAUAAUAAUUAUAAUAAUAAUAAUAGUAGGGUAUAUUUAAAAUACAUUCGCAAUAAUACAAGUAAUAGUGAAUUACAGUAUUUUUACAAGCAUGAAAUUAUGAAUACUGUUACCAGUUACUUCUUAAAACUAGGAAAUAAAGUUAAAUAAAAAGAUGGUAAUUUAGAUCAUAAACCUAAUUGACAACGGUCAUGACUUGUUCAUGGUACGUGAGCACAUAGCUGGAAAGAAACUGUUCUUAAAUCUGUCCGUCCUACAUUUAAAUAGGCUAAAAUAACUAGAGUGGCGCAGUUCUCUGCCAUGCGACUCAACCCGUAAAACAUCAUCGCGGUUAAGGCGCGAUGAUGGUAUUGCUAUUUUAUCCAACACCUUCUUACAGAGGGUAUCACGACGGUCAGAUAGACGGGGAACAGAGGAGGUAGCAAGCACAGCUGACUAGGACAUGUUUGGAUAUAAAAUCUGUAGAGCACGGCGUUGAACCCUCUCGAUUUUAUCAGAAAGGUAGGAGGGGAUAGAUGUACUCCAGGCUGCACAGUAGUAUUCUAGAUCACAGUUUCCUCAUGACAUUUACCAAUAGCGUUUAAUGCUGUUACGUGCACGUUGGUUAUCGUAUUGUCUAGGCUCUAGCUCACAUAUUAAACCGGUCUUUGAAGCUUCUCCGUUUC